GGCUCAGGCUGAAUCGAGGAAGUCAGCAAGAAGUUUGCAGCUUCCUCUCUCCUCGUCCACAAGCUUGCUUUGAGAUCUGCACUGGAACUAAGCGAUGAUGGAGGAAAGAAAGCCAACCACGUCCUAACUUUUCCAAGACAGGCUAUAUCGACGUUUGCACAGAAUUCAAAGCUAUUUCCCCUGCUUCUGGACUUCCGAGGGGAAAAGAGGGCGAAAGAUCAAGACUGGGCUGGAGGAGUUGAAAUGGUAACAGGCCUGGUCUUCUGCCUCCGUCUCUGUCUCCAGGUGCUAGCCCUUCCCAUAUACGUGCUCUCGUACUUGGGCGUAUGGCAGCCCUACUGCAAGAAGAUCUUCCCUUCCUUCAUGGAGAAGUUUACAGCCAGUUACAACAAGAAGAUGUCAAGGCAGAAACAAGAGCUGUUCCGCAACUUGUUGGAGUUUGCAGGCCCCUCGGGGCAGCUGCGACUGCUGGAGAUAGGAACCGGCACGGGCUCCAACUUCCAGUUCUUUCCGGCCAACUGCAGGGUCACCUGUACAGACCCCAACCCCCACUUUCAACGGAGUCUAGCCAAAAGCAUGGCCCAGAACCAGCACCUUCAGUUUGACAGCUUCUUGGUGACCCCAGCAGAGAAUCUGCACGAGGUGGCCAAUUCUUCCGUCGAUGUUGUUGUUUCCACUUUGGUCCUCUGCUCCGUUCGGGACAUGCAAAGUGUUCUGAGCGAAGUCUGCAGAGUCCUCAAGCCGGGUGGAGCAUUUUAUUUCUUGGAACAUGUGGCUGCAGACCAUUCAAGCUGGUGCUACUUUUGGCAGCGAGUUCUCUUCCCAACAUGGAAACUUCUCUUUGACGGAUGCUGCUUAACAAGAGAGAUCUGGAGUGAUCUUGACAAAGCAAAUUUCUCAGAUGUAAAGCUGCAACAUAUAUACGUCCCCUUACACUGGACACCGAUUCAGCCACAUAUCAUUGGUUAUGCUGUAAAGUAAUUCUCAAUGCACCAGUGCAAUCCUAUCAGAUGAAUGUUUACUGAAAAAUAUGUUCCACUGAGUUCAGCUCCUGUGUCGGACUGCAAUACAGUAGUAUGCUCAAUUACUUGGGAGAAAGCUCCACUGAACUCAGGGAAUUUUUAUUUCUGAGUAAACAUGCUAAGGAUUCUCCUUUUAUAUACACAUUUCAAAGGAAGUUUCCUUCUCUGAAAGGAAUUCAGUUUUACUUUCCAAAGUGCAGAGCAGGCUGAGAAAAUCUUAGAAUAUAUUGAACUACAGCUUGUUUAAAUCAAUUAACUGCAAAUUAAAGCACCACUAAGACACCGUUUUAAAGUUCUCUGCAUGCUUCUUCUCCUCCCC